CGGGCGCUCACCUCGCAGACCGACCUGACUCGGUUAUAUAACGCGGCGCCAGCAGCGCUUUGUUUACAGCGCGAUCUUUGCCGGGACGCUCGCAGGAGAUCUGUACCAAACAUACGCGCGACCAGCCAUGGGUUCAACAGACUCGACCAUCUCGUACAGCGAGCUCAAGGCUCUCCUGGAGAACAGCUCGGACCUGCUGCUCGUUGACGUCCGAUCCCAAGCGGAGGUGGACCGAGGAAAGAUCCCGGGCUCCAUCAACAUUCCAGUGGAAUGUGUAGAGAAAGAUCUCUCCCUGGACCCAGAUGCCUUCAAGGCCAAGUUCGGGGUUCAGAAACCCGCCCUGGAUGCUCCACACCUGGUGUUUCACUGUCAGAUGGGCCGUCGUGGAGCGGUUGCCUUGGAGAAGGCCUGUGCCCUUGGGUUCAAAAACGCUCAAAACUAUGCUGGAGGAUACAGGGAGUGGUCAGAAAAGGAGCACAACUGAAUGGAACAACACUGAUUUCCAACUAGAAUGAACACUCAUCUACACUGGAUUUCUAACUAUAUUUUGUUUAACCUCAUGUAAUUCAUAUUUAUGUUUUAAAUGUGUUGUUACUAAACAAAUGUUGACCAUUUGACAGCUUCUUGGCAAUUUUGACAAGCGUCUUUAUGGCUUUCAUGCGACCUUGAGUUGCUGAUGACAAGAUGGGACAUGUUUUAGGUUUUCUCUUCAGCGGCUGGUCUUAAUACUGCAGUUAUCUGCCAAAAAAACAGCAAGACACAUGGUCUCUGCUUAAGCUUUUCCAGAGUCACAUUAUUCCUGAUUUGUCAUAAUUAGGCUUUUCCACUGGGUCAUCAUUACUGAACCCCCCCCAACAGUAGUGCUGCAGGAAAUAGACUGUGAUCUCCUGUUCCACUGAUAUUCAUCACAACAGGCUUUUGCACGUAGUGUUCAUCUACAGUGUGAACAGGAACUUUGCAAUAUCUGCAUGCUUUUAAUGGGCCUGUUACCUCCUCUUUCAGUGAAUUUGAGCCUCCACACUAUUUUACCAAAUGUAAAUGGUGACAC